AUGGAGGGAGGCAGGGGAAGUUUGAAUCAUAAUAACAACAUAAAUGCUGAUGAUGAUACAAAUUUGAAGGAGGCGUUACUGGAUGGGAAGACUGAUUCGGGAGGAGGUGUUGGGCGGCGCAGCCGCCGGCUGACUCGUGGUUACUCUGUAAACUCAAUCAGAGGGGAAUUCGUUUCAAGGCUUCCGGCCAAAGUCAGGGGCUGCGUCGAUGUUGAGUCUUGUUCUGCUGAUCUUUCCAAAGUUUCUGGCUUGACCAAAGGAGAGAAAGAAUAUUAUGAAAGACAGUUUUCCACCCUAAAAUCAUUUGAAGAGGUUGACGCUAUAAUGGAAACGGAUAGUCUUGACGAGGAAGAUCUUGAAGAACAAGCUAAACAAGAACGAGCCAUGACAAUCUCGAAUUAUGCAAACGUUUUCUUGCUUGCUCUGAAGAUAUUUGCAACUGUGGAGAGUGGAUCCUUGGCAAUUGCUGCGUCUACAUUGGACUCCUUGCUCGAUCUGAUGGCGGGUGGCAUAUUGUGGCUAACUCACCUGUCUAUGAAAAGCAUAAAUAUAUACAAGUACCCCAUUGGCAAAUUAAGAGUCCAACCUGUUGGCAUAAUUAUAUUUGCUGCUGUUAUGGCUACACUCGGUUUUCAGGUGUUGGUCCAAGCAGUAGAGCAACUGGUUCAAAACAAACCUUCUGAUCAUUUGUCCUCAAGUCAGUUAGUCUGGUUAUACUCUAUCAUGAUAACUGCCACAGUGGUAAAACUUGCUCUCUGGAUCUAUUGCAAGAGCUCCAGAAAUGAGAUUGUCCGUGCAUACGCAAAGGACCAUUACUUCGAUGUGGUUACAAACAUAGUAGGUUUGAUUGCAGCAGUACUUGGCGACAAGUUCUUCUGGUGGAUUGAUCCUUCUGGUGCUAUUGUGCUUGCUGUUUACACGAUCACAAAUUGGUCAGGAACUGUACUAGAAAAUGCCGUGUCACUUGUGGGACAAUCUGCCCCGCCUGAAAUGCUUCAGAAGUUGACAUAUCUUGCCCUAAGACACCCUCAAGUGAAGCGAAUCGACACAGUUCGUGCAUACACAUUUGGUGUCCUGUACUUUGUUGAGGUUGAUAUUGAACUCCCAGAAGAUUUACCCUUAAAGGAGGCACACACCAUUGGGGAAACACUGCAAAUAAAGAUUGAAAAACUACCUGAAGUGGAGCGAGCAUUUGUGCAUUUAGAUUUUGAAUGUGAACACAAACCAGAACACUCUAUUCUCAGUAGAUUGCCUAGCACUGAUCCCUGA